AUUUCCGGUGUUUUGAGACAAGUGUAUUUCCUGAACUUUCAGCUGAGAAUUAUUAGUUUCGCGACUUUUGUCGCAGAUGCUCGAAAAUAAAUGAAACGAUCCAGAAAGAAUUAUGUCUAAUCAAAGCGAGUUAACAAAAUUGAGCGAUGAAAGUUUAGCUCGACAGCCUGAUGAGGUGUUUGAUAUUAUUUGUAAGAUUGGCAGAGGGAGCUCCUCUGACACGUCACUUAAGAAGUUGAGUGAAGACCACCUCGCUAAACCACCAGAGGAAGUUUUUGAUUUGCUAGGCAAGCUGGGAGAGGGUUCUUAUGGCAGUGUGUUCAAGUCUCUCCAUAAGGAGUCUGGACAGGUCCUGGCCAUUAAACAGGUCCCUGUGGAUACCGAUCUCCAGGAGAUCAUCAAGGAGAUAUCCAUCAUGCAACAGUGUGACAGUCCCUUCAUCGUCAAGUACUAUGGCAGUUACUUUAAAAACACGGACCUAUGGAUUGUGAUGGAAUACUGUGGUGCUGGAUCUGUGGCUGACAUCAUGAAACUGCGCAACAAAUGUCUGAAUGAAGAGGAGAUAGCUACAAUCCUGUUCUACACGCUGAAAGGCCUCGAGUACCUGCACUCGAAGCGGAAGAUCCACAGGGACAUCAAGGCCGGGAACAUACUGCUUAACACCGAGGGUCACGCUAAGCUGGCUGACUUCGGGGUGGCAGGGCAAUUGACUGACACCAUGGCAAAGAGGAACACAGUGAUAGGCACACCAUAUUGGAUGGCUCCAGAGGUCAUACAGGAGAUCGGGUAUGACUGUGUAGCAGAUAUCUGGAGUCUUGGUAUAACAGCAUUAGAGAUGGCAGAAGGAAAACCUCCCUAUGGUGAUAUUCAUCCCAUGAGGGCUAUAUUCAUGAUCCCAACAAAACCCCCACCCUCGUUCCGAAACCCGGACAGAUGGACUCCGGAGUUCAUAGACUUUGUCUCUAAAUGUCUCAUCAAGAACCCAGAACAGCGAAGCACAGCAGUGGAACUGUUAGAGCAUGAGUUUAUCAAGAACGCCAAGCCAGUUACAGUGUUACAAAAGAUGAUCUUGGAAGCACGAGAAAUACAAGAAGAAAAUACUCUCAAUACUGUCAAUGGGGAUGACUCUGGCGAGGAUGAUGCUGUAGAGGCAGGAACGAUGGUGCGUAAUGAUGACGGCACCAUGAAGGGAUCUCAGGCAGGCACCCUGCAGUCAGAGAGCGGCACUGUGAUAUGUAACAGCGAGAAUAGCACUAUGAUGGAAUCUGAUCUUGGUACCAUGGUGAUAAACGAGUCAGAUGAGGAAGAUGAUGGAACUAUGAAACGUCAGGGAACAAUGUCAUCAAGUAGCGGCUUCUCCAGCAGCAGUAUGGUCAGCAUCAGCAGCCUAGUCAGGCAUAGCACGGGUACGGGCGGCCAGGAAAAGUACCGACCCUCAUUUCUAGACCACUUUGAAAAGAAGGAGGCAGAGGCUAACGUUGCCCAGCAACGUGCUGUAGCAGCACCCCCCUCCCAGCCCCUGCCACAGAAACAGAUCACACCCCCUCACCACUUCAACAGAUCUCUGAUUGAUGGAGACUUUGAGUUUCUUCGAAACUUGGCGUAUGAUGACCUUGAGCGAAGACUUGCCGACCUUGAUCCAGAAAUGGAGCGGGAAAUUGACGAACUUCGGGCGAGAUUCCACGCCAAACGACAACCGAUUCUAGAGGCCAUAGAUGCUAAAAAGAAACGACAGCAGAACUUCUGAACUGCUAAAAUCAGUGAAAUAAAAUUUAAUUGUAAAUUAGAGAAAAAAAUAAUUCAUUAAUGGUAGUUGCUAAAACCUCAAUUAGAGAUUUAAACGAAACAAAUAUGGAACAUAAAUGUAACUUGGAAUGGAUCUUGUAUUCUACUGUAUUGCGUCCAAAUUGAGUUAAUUCCUAAUGUAAUUUCCACACAAUAACAAGAAAAUCCUCUAUCAGAAACACCAAAGACUAUAAACAAUAAAUCAUUGUAUGCAUUUGUUUGGUUACUGGAAUAUUGAAUCUCCAAGUAUUGUUUGAUUUCUUAUUUGGGAAUGUUAAUUAUUCACUUGAAAGUUGAAAUUUUGCAUUGAAUUAAUUCAGAGUGGACAUCAAAAUGUCUCAUUUCAUCAAUCAAGUAAUUAAAAUUCAUCCAGUCAUUUUGUAUUUGUGUCAAAGCUUUGAACUAUUUUCUUGCUCUAGUAGCUGCAUAUUCAGAUAUUGCAUCCAAUGUUGUUUGAAGAUGAGUCCACCCUUUUGUUAUGUUAAUUUCAUUUUUAUUUCGAGAAAUGGGUAUUACUCAAGGGUAUAUAUGUAGCGCCGGUUGUUCAGAACUUCGUUUAAGUUAACAACAUUAUUAACAGCAUCAUUGUUAACUUUAUAAGGUGAAGUAUUUUGUAACAUGCUCAUAUAUUUAGAUGUGAAACGUACAGUUGAAAUAGUUUUUUCAGACCUUGUUAGAAAUACUGCAGGGCACAAAUCUGUCCAUGAAAGUGCCUUAGUAAUACAGAUUUGCAAAGUUAAAAAUGCACUCCUUCUCCCAAGUAAGAUUUACCAGUAUUAAUACAAUUGUUUAAAUAUACCAAAAAGGAUGAAUAAAUGUCAAAAGCAAUGGUUCUUAUGAAGAAUACUGAGUUUAAUUUAAAAGAAAGUUACAGAAAACAAGGUAUUUUUACCUUGUGAGAUGAUAGUAGAUCACAGUAAAUCUUUUAGCGCUCACCAAUCAUUUAAUAUUUUUUGCAAUUUCAGCUAUUAUAUACACGGCUACAAUCUUGUUAUCAGUAAUUGAUGUUUUUCAUAAACGCACUAUUUAGUAGUAAAAGGUUUAUCAUUCAAAGUUUAUGUUUGUUAUACAUGUGUAUGCAUUGGUUUUGAAUAAGAAUUCCACUUUAACAAAUUUGAAGCUGGCGAUGAUGAUAUUUACAACGUUGAUGUUAACAAUGGUGUUAGCUUUAGCACAGUUCUGAACAUUAGGUCCAAUGUUUUGUAGCUCUUAAAUUUUGGACUUUUAAUAGCAUGUACUUUUAUGUUAUUGGCAGAAAUCAAUAAUUUAGGAAAUACCUGACUUUUUUCGAGGGCCAUCUAUUGUUUCUUAAUUGUGCAAUAAUGUUUUAAUUCAAACUGAAUUUUAAACGCAAAAUAAUUUAUUGUCUUAUUUUCUUAUUUGAUAAAUACAAUAAUGGCUGCCAUUGGAAGGUACAAGGUAUUCCUAUCUUAAUCCUAAAUGAAAUAUGUUAAACUUUACACAUAUGUGAAUGUUUUUUUUCCAAUAUUGAUAAACUUGUAGCUAAUUUCAAGGAAAAGGGUAGGAAAAGGCUAUUAAAUACAUUGAUAAUUUAUUUUUACAUACAAAACAAAAAAGGGUUUUUUUUACGGGAAAGGUAAAAAUCAAUUCAUCAUAUUUGGGACGGGAAAUCUUAUCAGCGACCGUCAUAACAGCUGAGUGACUUGGUUAUAAUAAUAAGAGGUUAAACUUUUACAAAUACAGUAAAAAAAAUUAAUUGAUAGGAACUUAUUUUUUACCUUUUGCUUAACAAGGUUAUGCAUUGUUAUUGAUAUGUAUGUAGUUACAUACAGUUUAAAGGUGCUUCCUCCCAAAGUAUUUUAUAAAACGUUAGUUAUUGCUUUGCAUGUGUAGAUAUAUGUAUUAGGUUAUUUGAUAGUAAUAGCCUGUGUUUAAAUGUGAACUAUUUGUACUGCUUGUUUGAGAAAUACACAUAAGCACAGUCUGGGACUUCAACCAUAUUUGGAAAGUCUUGGACUAUCAGAAUUCAACGCAGACUCCCCACCUUUUUUAUGUCCUGUGCAAAAGACAAACGGCUAUAAGGCAGAACAAACUUGGGAAUAACAUGGAAACACUUCCCCUUAAAUUGAGUUGAAAGUUCAUGUAAAUUGUCCAAAAGCUUCGAAAAAAUUUGGGCUCCCAAAUUGUAUUUGGGACUUGUGAAAUUCCCAGUAAGGGAGCUGAAUGACUCUUAAAUUGAACAGAAUGGUUUGUAGAAUAUAUACGUUUUAUCAUCUCGGUGUAAUUUUGCCAACUUUCAACAGAGAGUUUUGUAAACUUUAUCUCAAAAUAGACAUGGUGAAGAUUCUGAUAUACCUCUAUUUCAUAAUGGUUUAAAUUAUGCACGCUUUCAUGCUACUGUUCAUGUACAUUUCAGUGUUUAAAUUUAUAGGAAUAUUUUAUUAGUUUAUCUGUUUCCUCAUAACAUUGUCAUGGUAAUGGAAUUUGGUCAUGAUUGGUAGAGUUUCAGAGAGAAACAUCAUAAGCUCAAUGUUUUAAUCCGUUUCAAUAUAUCAUGUCUUUGAUAGUAUAACAUACAAUGUUGCAUAUAUAUGUUUGCUAUAUAUGUUGAAAAAAAUAUUCAAGUUCAAGUAACUGGCCAAACUAAAUGUUCACAGGAAAUUUAGUUCACAUCUGUAUAAUUUGAAUUGUAAAAUAUGACUGGGGUGAUAUUCAUUAAACAGUUUGAGUCAUUUCUUAACUUAAGUGAAUUUCCGAAAAUUUUCAUAGUCAAAAUAAAAGAAAAGUAUUAAUAGUGUUUUAAACAUGAAAAUAAUAAUAUUUUGAAUCAAAUCAAUGAAAAUAAAGUUUUCCAGAUAUUAUGAAGUUAUUGUUUUAAUUUAUUAUUUUUUUAACAUUGAAGUAUGCUAUAUUUAAUAAGGUUAAUAAAAAAAGGAAAUAUUUUGGAAAUUCUUUAUUUUUUAUUUCACAUAAUUUAAAAGAAAAUAGAUUAGGAAAGUGACUCAAGUUAGAAAAUGACUAGAGAUGUUUUAUGAAUACCACCCUGGCCCCAAUUUCUCGAAACUUCUUAAGUCCCUUAUAACUGGCCCCAAUUUCUCAAAACUUCUUAAGUCCCUUAUAACUGGCCCCAAUUUCUCAAAACUUCUUAAGUCCCUUAUAACUGGCCCCAAUUUCUCAAAACUUCUUAAGUCCCUUAUAACUGGCCCCAAUUUCUCAAAACUUCUUAAGUCCCUUAUAACUGGCCUCAAUUUCUCGAAACUUCUUAAGUCCCUUAUAACUGGCCUCAAUUUCUCGAAACUUCUUAAGUCCCAUAUAACAGGAUUAAGCUAAUCUCACUAUUUGUGUUGUUCUAUAAAAUGUGUUAUACUUACUUCUUCAAGAAUUUUAAGAAAUUAUGCAGGAAUAAUCUGUAUGAUUAUCAGAAUAAAUCAAUUUUCGUUUAUCAAAAUCCAUUUUCAGUUUGUAUUAUGGCUACUUGAAAUAAGCCACUUAAGCCUGUUAAGCUUAAGAAGUUUCGAGAAAUCAGGGCCAGGUGUCUAAACUGUUCUUGUAUGCUCCUUGAAGGACACUAGUACAUGUACAAACUCAUGUAGUAAAUACGAGUGUAUAGCCCCUUGUGCACAUAGAUAGAAUACAUGUACAAACUCAUGUAGUAGUGUAUAACCCCUUGUGCACAUGGAUAGAAAUGAUGUUGUUGUUUCAUGCCUUUAAGUUUAUAUUUUAAGUAGUGAUAUUUUACUUAUUUAUAUCUCCAUAUUUUGUUGACCGAGGAUUGUUGAUUUAGAUAUAUGUAGCAACAGUUUUAGCUAGCAUAUGAUAAUGCAGUUCAUGUUUUCUGUGUCACCUCUAAGCCAUGGGGGACAAAACAUGGGAUUACUUUGUCCACCAUUGGGUAACAUCACGCUUUUUGUUUACCAUCAAUAAUUUUUGAAUGACUUGUUGUAGAGUCUUCAAAAUUGGUAUGCAUGUUGGUCAAGGUCAGUAGAUGACCCCUAUGAAUUUAAUGGGUUAUUAGAUCAAAGGUCAAGGCGACCUUUACAAGGGUGAGGAAUCAUGUGACUAAAAGGGGUUCUCACAUGGGUCACCACUUGUAACAACUGGUGUAAACAGACAUUAAGUGACGUUAAUGUUAAAAAAAAAAAUUGACAGAAAAGAUAUGAAAAGGGUUUCAUAGUCUAUAAAAGAAAGUUUGAAAUUUAAUCUGAGGAUUGCAUCAUUAAAAUACAAGCAAAUCUAAGAUAUUUCGCACUGUAGAAAGCAGAAAAUAGCAGUCUAUUAUAGGCUAUGAAAUACUUUCAUAUUUUUUUUUUUCAUAAGAAAUUAUCGUCACUUAAUUGUUAGUUUACAUCGACUUUUAGUGAUUCAUGUGAGAACCCCUUUAAGUGAUCCCUCACCCUGUUUACUAUAACAUUUUUUUUUUUACUUAAAAUGAAAAAUGAAGGGAACUCCUGACAGACCAAAUUCAAUUUGCAGUAUUCUAGAUUGUAUGUGCAUGUUUGUUUUUACCAUGUGACUUGUAAAUAACGUUCUAUUCUGAUUAUGUAUCAUUAUGUCUCAUCAUUUUCAAAUGGUAAAACUUUAAGAUGGUGAACUGUAAUAUUUCUUACCCCCUGUAGGAGAAUCAGUAAUUUGUUAAGAAAUCGUAAUAAUCUGCAGUAGACAACUGAAUGGAAACUAAAAUAUAACUGGUAUUAGUUUUAUUGUUGGCACUUUGAACUAAGAAUUCAUUGUUCUGUUUUCAUUAACCCUGGUAAUGGUAUUCAAAUUUCAACAGACUCUUGAUGAUAUAUCAAUAACAUAUAUUGAUUACUUGUGAUAAAGUAGUACAAGUACAAUUUAUUAGAAUGAUGUCUUCUUUUUUAACUUAGGCCUCAUUUCACAUGCACUUUUUUGUUGUUCUCAUCAUGUCUUUUCAUAUCUAGAAUGGACCGACCAUAGAUCAUUUUGUGUUUUUACCCCUCCAUCUGAACAUUUUAUCAAGCACUGUAUGAUAACAUUUGUCACCACAUGGUAAUGUUUGCAACACAGAUCGUGUAUAUUUUCAUUGACUGAAUUGAAUAAAAUGUGAAACAUU